AUGGCGCUACGACAUCUGCGAAGGUACGAUGAAUCAGAGACCUUGAAUCGGCGUGCACUAGAGGGGCGCGAGAAGAUUCUUGGAGCAGACCACCCAGAUACCCUAACAAGUGUCAAUAACCUGGCUACUGUGCUCCGAUACCAGGGAAAGCACACUGAAUCAGCGACGACGAAUUGGCGUGCACUGGAGGGAUACGAGAAGAUUCUUGGAUCAUACCACCCAGACACCCUAACAAGUGUCAGCAACCUGGCUCUCACACUGCAAUACCAAGGAAAGUACAACGAAUCCGAGAGGAUGUAUCGGCGGGCACUGGAGGGGCGCAAGAAGAUCCUCGGACCCAACCAUCCCAAAACCCAAUCGAGUGCCAAAAACCUGGCUACGCUGCUG